CCUCUACGCCACCCAACCUCAGCACCAACCAUCAGGCUAUACUACCUCAUUCCUCUCGUGCAGCUACUAGCUACCUGCAGCCUGUAGGUACUUGUCAUCAUUCAUCACAAACUUUUCAGUUCAAGCUAGGUAGCUAGCCAUGGCUAGGGUGCUGGAGCCUCUCGUUGUUGGAAAGGUCAUCGGGGAGGUCAUCGACAACUUCAACCCCACAGUGAAGAUGACGGUGACCUACAGCUCUAACAAGCAGGUGUUCAAUGGCCACGAGUUCUUCCCGUCGGCAGUCGUCUCCAAGCCACGCAUUGAGGUCCAGGGCGGCGACAUGAGAUCCUUCUUCACACUGGUCAUGACGGACCCAGAUGUGCCAGGGCCUAGUGAUCCAUACCUGAGGGAGCACCUCCACUGGAUCGUCAGUGAUAUUCCUGGCACCACAGAUGCUUCUUUUGGAAGGGAGGUGGUGAGCUACGAGAGCCCCAAGCCCAACAUUGGCAUUCACAGGUUCACCUUCGUGCUGUUCCAACAGAAGAAGCGGCAGGCCAUGAACGCUCCCUCCACCAGGGACUACUUCAACACGCGCCGCUUCGCUGACGAGAACGACCUUGGCCUCCCUGUCGCUGCCGUCUACUUCAACGCGCAGCGGGAGACAGCGGCACGCCGCCGCUGAUGCAAACAAUCAGCCAUACCCUUCUUCUCUUGCAUGCAUGGCGCAUGCAAUAAGCCUAUGGAUCAACCUAUAGUGGCUACUAUUAGCUACCAGUAUCUCCAUUCAAAUAAGUGUUUGUUUGUGUCUACUGUUUCUUCUAGUCUUCCUACUGUUCAGUUAUUCGGUCAAUUUAGCUACUAGUCGAUCUGUGAACCAGUGUACGUGCAACCUACAUCUGCCACUAGUGUGAAUUUGGUUCAGCUCCUAUUUGUGGAGACGAUA